AUGUCGUGGAGGCUUCUUGCCGAGGAGUGCCGAAGAGCUGAAGUCAAUGCCUUGGAAUGGAAGCUCCGAGAGACUCGGCGCCGGCAUAUUGAUGAGCUGGCACGCUUGAGUGAAAGCUCAUCCGGACGGGGAAGUCAAUGGACCUUGGUCGGCACGGUCGGCGCCGGCACGGCAUCUUCUUGUGGCAGCAUUUACGAAAUCUCGCCCGAAUUUCGUGGUGGUGGAGCUGGUAGCAUCUUGGAUUCAAAUCGAAUUUGGGAUUCAAGCCACGAAGUGAAUGGGCCAGUUCUCGUGAGCUGCAGAAGAGAUUGCGGUGCUCACCGGAUACGUCUCUGGGUGGAGGAUCGGGCGACCAUGGGAAGUGCCAGGGUUCAUGCCUUAGACGAGGCAACUGGUGCAAAGAUGUACCGAGAUAUCCCUGAUGCUGCCCUCUCUCGCUUGCUUGCAGCUUUCAAGCGUGCCCCCAGCUGUGACCCAGAUGAUGUUGAUGACUUCUUACGUGCAAUGCUGGCCGCAUGCAGGAUAAGGAUGUUUCCAGGUGGGAUUGAUGUGAUUUUGCCCUCAGAGGAAGAUUUGCAGCCUGCAGCAAAACCAGCUCCUUUGAAUUUGCGUGUGAUGCAGCACAUCUCUGCGAUGGCUACGGGGCGAAGGCCAAUCAGCUCACAGCAGCCAAGCAGCCCAAGCAGCCCUGUGAAGGUUCCUUUUACCAAAUCGACGCCUUGCGUCGCUGUUGUCCCUCCAUUUGGAGUUGCCCCGGUGAUGCCUGUAGCAGCCGCACAUGCACCGGCCGGUCACCGGCACACCGUGAUGCAGUCCCGGCCUCCGCGACCAUCGAAGCCACCGGGCCGUCCACCAGCGACGCCACGAAGAGCCUCCGUGCGUCGGGUACGACCCCAAAGUGCUCCACAUACAGGACGAACGGAGGAGCCCAGGAGCUCUGAGGCGAUGGAAGCCAAAGCCAAAGCCGAUAGCCAUGGCAUUCCAAUGCCUCAAGGAGCCUCCCUGGGAUUUCGAGGUCGGAGGGCACGACCCACUUCAGCCAAAGCACUGAAGCACCGACGUGUGGUGGAUGAUAGUGUUGACAGCAUUAUUUAUGAGGAUGAUGAGGAAGAGCAGGAGGAAAUGAAGUGGCCAAGCUAUGCAGGUGGCUGUGAGACUCAACCGAGUGGUGAGACCUCAGCACAAGAUGAUGAGCCGCAUGGCGUCCUGCAUGGCAUCGAGGCUCGAAACGAGGAAUCUCCAGGUGUCCGACAAACUCCUUCCGUCGCUCCUUGCCUUGCACCAUGCCUUUCUCCUCCACUGACGGGACUGACGGGCAAACUUCCUGCACGUGAGCCUGACCAGCUCGUGGAGCCGAGCAUGGGUGACUUUGGCGCGAAGCAAUCUGAGCCCGAUCUCAAUCCCACUGAGAUGGCUCCAUCGCUUUGUGAUUCUGAAGCUUCGGAUUUGCCAGAGAACCAAGCAGAGGAUGGCCCUGUGCACAUGUUCGUCCCCAACUUGCACAUUGAGGAUUUCACGGCGUUAGGCGCUUUGAAGCCUCCUUUGGGUGCUUUAGAGCCUCGAAACGGUCGACCGUCUACACCACCUCCACGGCCAGAAAAGUCCAAUGUCUCAUAG